GAACUGCACAAGAAGAUGGCUCCGACACUCACAGUCGUGGUAGCUCAUUCCUGACUUUUAAUGUUUCAAUCUAUCCUAGUUCAUUGAUUAAACCUCAGUUUUCUGUAAAUACUGGAUUAAGGGGAUCAGUCGAGCUGAUAAUGGCUGCAGUAACUGCUGAGUCACUCUGGCUUUUACUUUUCAUCUGUUCACUAGUAUCUGCACCUGAAGGUCAGAACAUCACAGCUGAUCCUGGACAGACUGUCACUCUGCCAUGUCGAGCUCCAAACACCAACAUCAUAGUUGUAGAGUGGACCAGAACUGAUCUGAAGCCAGAAUAUGUGUUAGUGUACCGGGAUGAGCGGCCUGAUCCAGAUAACCAGCAUCCCUCUUUUCAGGACAGGGUGGAUCUGGUGGACAGACAGAUGAAGGACGGUGACGUGUCUUUGACUCUGAAGAAUGUGACGAGAGAGGACACAGGAAGAUACAAGUGUCGCAUCAUCCAGGGAGGAACAAACCACAGGAAGAGAUCUUUCCUGAACACUGAGCCCAUCAGCAUCAUCUACCUGGAUGUUCGUUCCUCAGGUAACACACAGGGACACAGGGAGGAGGGAGGAGACAAGGAGGGAGGAGACACAGAGGGAGACAGCAGAGGACAUGUUGGACUGGCAGCUGGUCUCUCAGUUGUUGCUGUGGUUGCUCUUGUUGUUGUUGCUUUGGGGACCUUCAUGUCUAAAAGACACAUGAAGAAGAAUCCUCCUCCUCCUGCUGCUGCUGCUGCUGAUGAAGAAGCAGGUGAACAGAUGUUAUGACACAGUGACAGUAAAGAUCAGCUGCUGCUGUAAAUCCCUGUCAGCCUCUCUCUGUGACAGCAGCAGACAAACCACUGUCCACUCCCUCAGAGACCAUCAAACACCAGCAGGAGUGGAGACGUGUCUCAGCUCAGCUCCAACAUUCACAUGGACACGGAGCCAAAACAAACCUCAUUGGGAUUAGACUUGAACAUCUAAAUCACUGUUCUAAACCAAAGUCUGGUUCUCCAGUCUGCACUGAACAUAGGUAUAAAAAGAGAAGCUGCCUUAGACAUCACUGCGUCAUACUGUAGAAACUACCUGCCUCGUGGUUGUACUGAUGAAUUCUUAAGUUAAACAAGCCUGUGAAUAUUCUCAUUCAUCCAGGUCAUCGUUAUCUCAAGGAAAUUCAAUUGAACGCAACUGGACUUAGUUAUAGUCCAGGAAGACGUUUCACCUCUCAUCCAAGAUGAGAUCCAAGAUGAUGAAGCCUCUUCUAUGUUAUGACCAAUGAAUCUUUAACCACUAAUAUAUAAUCAGUUCAUCUUUUAGUCCAGGGGAAAAUAUGUGCCAAUCUUGAAGAAAUUCCCUCAAUGUGUUAAUGUGAUGUCUCCAUAUUAUUUCUUUGGUUGGCAUGCACCUGAGUUUGUGGGAUGCUUAUUGUUGAUAUUUUAAAACUGUAAUCACUUCUACAUCCUGAGGAUCCAAAGCCCAAAUGGUACUUGAACUAAAGGUGCUGACACUGACAUGCCAUUUUUAUCAUUCCAAUGUUUUGUGACUCUGUUGAGCAGUUUUUUCCUCACAAUGCCACAUCAUUGUUUUCUAUUUCUGCUUUGAUUACUCUUUUUAAAGACUCUAAUGUCUCAGGGGACCCCAGUCAAAAGCACCCAUUUCUAUCUAUGCAGUUUUAGUAAAUGGAACUAUUUAUUCCGUCAGUGUUUGCCAUGGGUCCUGAGUUAAAGUAUCACACAGCAUCAAAGCCUGUAGGGACACUGUCAGUGCCAGAUAUUUCCCCAUCUGCUGCUGACAACUUGAGAUGUUGCUGUUUGUGUUCUGUUAUACAAGAUAAGAUAAAAUAGUUUGCCAUGGAGUGAAAGCGUGUUGUGGGACUAAUAAGGGAUUAUCUCAUCUUAUCUUAUCAAGACACAGUGUGAGAAUAUAAUUAUGCAAUGUAGGUUUUGAUAAUGCUAAUGCACUAAUGCACCAAAAUCAAAGGAUGGUAAAGAAACAUUCAAGUAAUAAUGUGGAUUGUACCUGGGAUAAAAGCUACAAGUUGUAUUAAAGGAAAGUAUAGAUUUUUGUUUUGCCAAAAUAAUAAUAAUACUAUUUUUUUCUUCUUUUGGUUGGCAUUAAUUACAUAAUAAGGUUUUGAGAAGAAAUAUGUUAAACUAUCAGUGUUUUAUAGCUGUCCAUGUAUGUGAAAUAUGUCUGUAGGAUGAGGGAUAAUGUGUCUCUGCUCUGCUUUUUUUAAAAUGAAUAUAAUGUAGCUGAAUUUGUUGUGUUUACUCAAAGUGUAACACUCUUUGGCUAUUGCGGAGAAAUGUAUUAUUUAAUGUUUGUUUUGCAGUAGCUGCAGUGUGGUUGAAUGUGGGAGGAGGCUUUCAGAAGCUAUAUUUUUCUGUGUCAUAUAUUGUUUGCAGCUGAGAAUGUAAAAAAUAUUUUAAGUGAAACACUUUCUUGGAGAUUGUAACUUACGGUUAAAAGGUGCCAUUUCGUGAUUCUGUAAAAUCACAACAUAAAUUCAUUUUCCAUCUUAUGCAAAAAAAUACAGUGUAAGAUAUUUGAGUUGUGAUUCAGUAUCACUGGAAUAUUGAGGAAUCACAGUAAUAUUUUGUUUGUUUUUCAUUUUCUUUUCAGCUCUUACGGUGCGUUCACUGUAUGUCUUGGAGCUACAGUCUUACAUAAAAAACUUUUGUGAACCAUCAGUGAGACAAAUUUUCCACAGAACAUUUAAAUGUGCACAACCCUUAUUUGUGUUUAUUGUAUUUUGUAUUUGAUACGUGCCAUGUACAUGUGUUGUGUCAACGUUGGGCUCAUUUCUCUAAAUAUAAUAAGUUCAUGUAUUUGCACAGUGAUGAAGGGACCACAUGUUGGUAAAAGUGAUUUCAAGUGUUGUUGUUGGCAUUAAGCAAGUUGCAUAUGAACAAUAUUUAUAAUGUGAAUCACAUGCUCCACUCAGACCAGUGAAACAUGUGGGUAGAAUAUACUGUAGGAAAUCUGUUUUUCUUUCUGAAUGAUGAAAAACCUGAGGCCUGUACUAUGAAGCGAGUUUAACCUCCUCUGAUUUAACUGACUGAAAGUCGGGCUUGACAAACCCUGACUGCCUCGAUCUGUGUUAAACAGUACAACGAUGGUGAAGAUGUCGGUAACUUGAGUUGCUGUUAACUUAAUCAGGUUUUGGUGGGACUCUUUAGACAAUUUAAAAUGAUAAGCCAGUAACCUUGCUUUGUAGUACAGGCCUCAGCAAUUUUUUUGUUUUGUUUUGUAUGUUUUUUCCACUAUGUUUUUAUGGUGAAGUUAGGUUAAGAAAAAAUAAGGUUUUUGUAAUAAAGUUUUUUGAUAAUU